UAAAUAAAUCUCGAUUGAAAUUUUUAUUAAUUUGUAUUAAUUUAUGUUUGUUUUGAUCUCUAGAAUCAAUUUUCCAAGGAUAUCUCAAAAAUAUAUUAAUUUCCUAUAUAUAAUAUUAUAAUAAUAUAAUAAUUUAAUAUAAUAUAAAGUGCUUAUUUUGUUCGAGCGUAGGAUUUAAAAUUAUCUUCUUAUCAGAUAGACCAUGUAAUAUUCUAUUUAUAUAGAUAACAAUUAUCAAUCCAAGUACAAACCUGAUUAAAUAUUUCAUCAGUAUAACUAGAGUCACCGUGUGUUUUACAAAAUGAAUAAUCAAGUUAAUUCUGUAACACGACGAAGCGUACCUUGUUAUUUCUGCAACAAUUUUUUGGAAGAAAAAUAUUUGUACAAUCAUGUGAAACAUUGCGGAUCUGUUUUAGAGGAAUGUUCUUUUAAAUGUGGAGUUUAUGUACCUCGAAAAAAUAUGGAAAAUCAUCGAAAAACAUGCAACAGGAAUAUUACUAAAGAAAAUAAUCAAAUAAAAGAAACCCAAGAUUCUUUAUGGAAAAAUAAAGUAUUUUCUAUUCUAACACUGCUACGAUCUGCAAUAAAUAUCGAGGAAAAAGAACGUAGAAUUCUUCAGGAUAAUAUGUCUCAUUGCUUAAAAUUACUAAAUUCUCAACAAAAAUCAAUUGAUUUUUUGCGAUUUCAACUUACAAAUGUAAUAAAAGAAUGUCACCAAUCUAAUGAAAUAUUAAAUCAAAGAUUAAAUGAUUUAGAAAUCACUUGUGAUAACAUGGAACAACGUACCAAUUUAAGUUUUCAACAAAUCUCGGAACAAUUGAAAUUUUUACAUGAUGAAUUAACUAAUGAACAGAAUAAGCAUGAUGAAGUAUUAGGUAAUUGGUCUUUAGAAUUAAAAGAUUUAAAGACUUUUUUAACAAAGGAAAAUGUAUAUAUAAAUAAUAUAUGGCAAGAACAACAGCAGUCAAUUAACGAUUUUAAAUUAGAAUUGGAAAUGAGAUGUAAGAAUUCAAAGGAAUUAAUGGAUCAGCAAAGAUUUAUAAUGGAAAAAAUAAAAAAUCUAGAAAAAGAAAUACAGGAACAAUUGGAAACCACUACUAAUCAAAAGAGUGAUAUCAAAGAAUUGAAGUUUCAAAUGAAAGAAAAUCUAAAAUAUUUGGAAGAAUUGAUUAAAGAUAAUUUAAAAUUUAAUAUUUUAGAAUUUCCUGAUUAUCAGUAUAAAUGCGAAUGUUGUGAUCAGUAUUCAAAUAAUGGUCGUCUUUUAUGGAAAAUUGAUCGCUAUAAAGAGAAAAUGACAGAGGCAAAGGAAAAUCAUUGUGUUCUCUAUAGUCCAAAGUUUUUAAAUAAAGAAUAUGGAUAUACUUUAAGAUUGAAGUUAUUUCUAAAUGGUAUAGGGCAAUGGAAAGAUCGACACAUUAUUGGAUGUUUACAAGUUGAAACUGGAAAAUGGGAUCCACUCUUAGAUUGGCCUUGUAUUCUUAAAGCAACAGUUAUCUUAAGAAAUCAAGAAAAUCCAGCAAAUAAUGUAAAAAAAUUUGUAAAAGCUGUAGGACAGGAUAAAUCAAAUGCUAAUGAUGUGAAUAAAGAAACUGGAAUUUAUAUGUUUAUUCCACAUACAAUUUUAACUCGCUAUCCUGGAUAUAUCAAAGACAAUGCAUUGUUUUUAGAUAUUCAAGUAACAAGUAUAAAAUCUAGUGCUUCUACAUUAUCUUUAACAUCAUAAGUAGUUAAUAAGACAAAUUAUUAAUUUGUAAAAAAUAAUAUUGUAUAAAAAAAUAAAUCGUUUGUUUCUAGCUGGG